GGUCGAAUUUGGAUUAAAAACACUGAAAAGGGAUCCUAAACUUGAUUAUCCAAAGUAAAGUACAUAUGUAGUUGAGUAGCCAUUCAACUAUACUUGUGCAAUCUCUUGCUUACAACCCAGCUACUUAAAGAGAAAAGAAAAGCUAUGCAAAUGCGUAAAAAUGGAGGGAGAAAAAAAGAGAGGAAUGACUUGGGAGUUGAAUAGGAUUGUGACAUAGCAACCAAAUGGGAGUAAUGAUGUGUGAGGAAUCCCAGAAUGCAAGUAAUGCCCCUUUCCCACGGUUGGCAUAUCUGUCACCUGCAAAAACUUCAUUUCCCCCUUUCCUUUUCCAUUGCUUCUGCCUCAAUUCUGCUCUCUUCCUUUUUUCCCCCAUAACUUCACACCAUUCUUUGGUCCCUGGCUCUAACCCAAUCGAAAGCUUCACAUUCUGCUCGAGGACUUGCAGAGUCCAAGGUAUCCCUUCUUCAGGGUAAUAUUGGGCAUUGAGGGUAAGAAUUUAACACAGCAUGAUUCACGUUUCUCUGUCUAUUUGUCACAUCCAGACACAGAGCAUUUACUCCAUCACACUUCUCUUUCCCCCUGCUCUCCUUAAGUUGCAGAGAGAAAUGGAGGGAAGGAGCAGAGAAGAAGAGUACGACGUGGCGGAGCAGAUAGGGAGGGGGAGAUUCGGAGCAGCAUUCCUCGUGGUUAACAAAUCGGAGAACAAGAGGUAUGUGAUGAAGAAGAUUAAGCUGGCGAGGCAGACUGAGAGGUUCAAGCAGACGGCGGUCCAGGAGAUGAACUUGAUUGCUGAGUUGAACCACCCGUAUAUCGUUGAGUACAGGGACUCCUGGGUUGGGAAGGAAUGCGUGUGCAUCGUGACGAAUUACUGUGAGGGUGGAGACAUGGAUCAGAUGAUAAGGAGAGCCAGAGGAACUUAUUUCAGUGAAGAGAUGGUCUGCAAGUGGCUGACCCAACUUCUGCUAGCAUUGGACUAUCUCCACUCCAAUCGUGUUCUUCACAGAGACUUGAAAUGCUCCAACAUAUUCCUUUCAAAAAGCAACGACAUCCGACUUGGUGACUUUGGACUGGCGAAACUGCUUGGCAAAGAUGACCUUGCCUCCACCGUGGUAGGAACUCCAAAAUACAUGUGUCCAGAGCUUCUUGCAGAUAUACCCUACGGCUACAAAUCAGAUAUCUGGUCACUAGGCUGCAGUAUGUUUGAGAUAGCAGCACAUCAGCCUCCAUUCAGAGCUCCUGUAAGAUAUGGCGGGACUAAUCCACAAGAUAAACCAUGGCUCCAUUUCUCCACUACCACCUUCAUACUCAUCUACAUUGUGAGUGCAGUCAUCAACUUUAUUACCUUUCCUGAUCUUCCCUGGAUAAAAUGUUGCCUCAUGAGUCACGUGCUCACCAAGAGUUGCUUUCUGUCCUACAGGAAACAACUAAUCAAGUUUAUGCUGAGGAAGAGUUCAGAGCACCGGCCUACGGCUGCAGAGUUGUUGAGACACCCGCACUUACAGCCAUAUGUUGCUCAAUGUCAAAAUCCAUCUCCCGUCUUUCUCCCAGUAAAGUCUGAGCAUGGCACCACAAAGGAUAAUAGUAAUAAGCCAAAGGCUGCUGCCAGACCACCACCAUUUAAUAACAACAGCAAGCAAGCUUUCCAGCAGAAACACAUUGAAUACAUUUGCAAGAAGGUGUCCGAUUUGAUGAAGAACUAUAAACCUAUAUCGGAAAAUACCAAACCACAUGACUGCAUCAAGAAUAUGACACCACCUUCAAGUGACAGGAUGACAGACAAAGCUCAACCUGCUGCUGCAACACCAACAAGAAGAGAGAUUACCCCAGAAUCACACGGUAAUUCUAGCGAUGCUCCAUCCAGACAAAGCAGCUCGGUGAGCGUAGCGCAUGGAGAAGAGAUCAGGAUCGACUGGGAUGAUGCUCAAAGCACCCAAAGAGCUGAAGCACUGGAAUCAUUGCUAGAGAUCUGUGCAAGCCUGCUCAGACGGGAACGGUUCGAGGAACUAGAAGGUGUGCUGAAACCCUUUGGCGAAGAAGCUGUGUCAUCCAGAGAAACAGCAAUUUGGCUAACAAAAAGUCUCAUGAAAGUACAUAAGAAAAGAAAUGGGAAAACUUGAUUUGCACCCGGUGCAAAGUAGUGCACUUUUAUUGACAUCAAAGUGACCCAUUCAUUGUGUUUCCUUCUAUUUAUCUAAAUUCAAUCACAACAGUUUUCCAAUGAAAAAUAACUAUUCAAUUUCACCUCACAAAAUUGAAGUAUCAAUGCUCAAAUCAACUUGCAGUAACAACACAACAAUUGAAGUAAACUAUGGCUAUGGAGCUGCUCCAUAAGAAUCAAUAAGUAUUCCCUAGUUCAAGUAUAUAAGCUACACCAACAAAAAUUCAACUCAUCUGGCUUGAAUAAUGGAACUCUUCCAUUGAUGAUAAUCUAUAGUCAAUGAAUCAGAAUUUGGAAAGACAAACCCAAUUCGUCACUUCUUCUCAUCUGCUACUGCCAAUGCUGCUGAUCCUUCUUCUUUAUCUUCUUCCAGCUUCUUCUUGUUCUUCUCAAUCGCAGCAGCAACUUCCCCAGGCAUAUACUUCUCGUCGUGCUUCGCCAAAACCUCCGUCGCCGAGAAGAAAACAUCUAUACCCUUGGCCUUCUCAGAAACACUCUUGCUUCCCGAUUCCUUCCUCAACUCCUCCGUAAUCGGCCUCACGAAUCCUUCCACCACCACCGAAUGACCUUCCCUGAACAAAUCCGGCAAAGCGCCUUUGUACCUCACCAGAAUGUCCGUAAUCAAAUCCGUGACCACGAACUCCAUCUCCGGCGACGACGCAGGCUGGACCACGCUGCCUUCCAGGACCAAUCCACCCAAUCUGAACUUCGUCUUCCUCGGAUUCGCCUUGUUCUGCUCCAUCGCGUCGGUCGGAGUCACGUAGAACACCAUCUGGUCCUGGAAAUUGUUCAGGACGAUGACGAUGAACCCGGCCACGCAGCUGAACGCGAGCGCGUAGGUCCACAGCCGCCUGGUCUGCAUCUGGCGAGCUCGGGCUCCGAUGUCCACGGUCUUCGGCCGCGCCGGGUGGCGGCGCGCCGUGGAGAAGAGCCGGAGACCUGAGAUCGAGGCGGAAUCGUUGUAAACUGCGCGGAGAUCUGAAAUCGGGGAGAGAAUCAACCGCUCCGAUCUGGCGGCGGAGGCGAUCUGGCGAGUGGAGGAGAAGAAGAUGCUUGUGCAGGAGGUAGAGGAGCCGGCAGCGGACGUAAGUUUCGUGGAGCGGAGGAGCUGCGAUCUCAGUCGGAGGAGGACGGAGCGAGAGGCCAUCGUGCGACGGCGGCGGCGGCGGAGAUUUUGAUUUUAGUGCGAAGAAAAAUCGUUUCUAAGGGCGGGGUUUUUGCGGGGUUUAUUUCAGUAACGGCG